ACGGCGACGGCGGCCGUGCCUCCCGCGCGAGCGCGCGGGCAUGCCGACACCCACUCGGCCGGUCCCGGCGCCCCGGCUCCCGGAAGCGGAAGGGAAGCGCGGCCCGGCCUGGGCGGCGGAGGCGCGGAGCCGAGUGGAGAGCUGCGGAGCGGGCGGCGGCACUCACGGAAAACUGUUCUGGAUGGGAGGCCUGUAUGAUGGGAUAAGCACUAUAAAGAAAUAAAUCAAAGGAUGAGUCAAGAAGACACUGCUUGUAAAUGCAAGUGCCGGGAAAAUCACAGCUCCUCGCCGUGAACUCGCAGUGGAUUGUCUUCCUGUGGGUUGGCAGGCAGUUCUAGGACUGCAGAAUGGGGCUUCGGAUUCACUUUGUUGUUGACCCACAUGGUUGGUGCUGCAUGGGUUUGAUUGUCUUUGUCUGGUUAUACAAUAUUGUUUUAAUUCCCAAAAUUGUCCUCUUUCCUCACUAUGAAGAAGGACAUAUUCCAGGCAUUUUGAUAAUAAUAUUCUAUGGCAUUUCUAUAUUUUGUCUGGUUGCCUUAGUGAGGGCCUCCUUAACUGAUCCUGGAAGACUCCCUGAAAACCCCAAGAUCCCACAUGCAGAGCGGGAGCUGUGGGAGCUGUGCAACAAGUGUAAUUUGAUGAGGCCAAAGCGAUCCCAUCACUGCAGCCGCUGUGGCCACUGUGUAAGAAGGAUGGACCACCACUGUCCUUGGAUAAACAACUGUGUGGGUGAAGACAACCACUGGCUCUUUCUGCAGCUGUGUUUCUACACUGAGCUUCUGACUUGCUACGCACUGAUGUUUUCUUUCUGCCACUAUUAUUAUUUUCUUCCACUAAAAAAGCGUAAUUUGGACCUCUUUGUUGUUCGGCAUGAGCUGGCUAUCAUGAGACUAGCUGCCUUUAUGGGCAUUACCAUGUUAGUUGGAAUAACUGGACUCUUCUACACACAGCUGAUUGGCAUCAUCACAGAUACAACAUCUAUUGAAAAGAUGUCAAACUGUUGUGAAGAAAUAUCACGGCCCCGAAAGCCAUGGCAGCAGACCUUCUCAGAAGUUUUUGGCACUCGUUGGAAGAUCCUGUGGUUCAUUCCUUUCAGGCAGAGGCAACCACUGCGAGUUCCCUACCACUUUGCCAAUCACGUCUAAACAGAUGGAUGGUGGGCACAGAUGGGUCCUCCAUGCUGGAAAUGCGUUACAGGUUUUAUGAGAAUAGAACUAUGACAGUCUUCAAGUCAAUUAAAAUCCACCCACCAAUCUUAGGCAUCAUAAUGUGCCCCAGGCUUUAUUUUAAUAGUGAUCUUGAUCCUGUUGUGGGGCUAAUACAAGAUCUAUAUUUAAGUUUUAAAAGCAUGUUUACUUUCAAAUUAGCCUUUCAUGGGGAUUUCUUUAAAUGCUUUUGUUACUAAACUCAAAAGGCAGUGAUUGGGAUGAAAUAAUUGUACAUAAAUUUCCUUCACUACUCACAGUAUUUUAAAUUUUAAUUUAUAAGAAAUUUGAGGUGUUUAAUGUUUACCUUUAAAUAGUACUAACCAAAUUUGAAUUUAAUUCUUCAGGUUUACAAAACUUGAUAUACUUUCUUAGAUGUAAAUUUUCUUUUUUGAAUAUAAGUUAAAAUGCUUUUCACUACUUCCUUUUCUAUGUGCUGCAGGGUUUUUAAUAUGCAGUGUAGGGUGAGCAACAAAGGGCAGUUAUUGCCUGGGAGCAGCUCUCUGAUGCUUCCUUCUUCUUUCCUGCUCAUCCAAAGCGAGAUACGACACACGAGGUUAAUGCACCAACUACUACCUUAUUAUAAAGGAGAAAUUAAUUUUCCCUUCUGCUGCAGUUAUUGAUUGCUGUUAGAAUGUUUGCUCCCAGGAGAAAUUUGUGACCAGUCAGGCAUAUAUUCCUGUUUUACCCUAAGAUUCUAGUGACUGAAAAGGAUAGGAAGUUUGCAAUAAUUCCAGUUACUUCUUCAAGUGCAGUUAUAUCAGAAUGCAGAUGUUUUAAAAUGCGAGUAUAACUGGAUGGUAUGUAAUACACAGUAUAUAAAGGAAUACUGUGUUUUAAAGUAUGUAUAUUUUUACUUAUCUGCCAGUAGAUCUUACUGUGCAUUUUGAAAGUUUAUAUAUUAUAUGAUAAAUACUGGUCAACUCAUAUCAAAGUUUAAAAGUAGAUCAUUAACUUUAUAUACCAGUAAUCACCCAGGUUGAAAUUGAAUUUUCAUUGCCUAGUUAUAAUUUGCAUCACUCUAGAGACAUUUUAUUAAUUGCUGAUGUCAGGAAAUUAUCUUCAAAUAGAAUGAUCUGUGGUAGUGAUGGUCCUUGACAAACAUGGAAUCUUUUUGUAUGCGAAGAAGUUUUGUAUGAUUUCAGUUUUUUAUUUAGAAUACAGCAUAUCCACAUGUAUGAAAAGUGUGUGUGCUAGUGACCUUUCCCCUGAAAAUGAUAUUGAACAAGUCUACCAUUCUUGAACCAUAUACACACUUUACUUUCAGGUAGUUGUGAAGUAAGGAAUCAUAGCUGGGAAAUACUGAAACAGAGAUUAUUAUUGUUAGCCAGUCAGCUAUACUGUGACUAGUUCUUUCAGAUACUGUAAAUGUCUUGUAAAAUUUCUGAAGGAAUAGAAUAAUCUCUUUUCGGAAAUAUUAAUACCAUAUUUUCAUGUUCUAAUUAUGUUUAUUAUUUAAAAACUUAGAAGUAACAGAUGAAAAUAUUUAUUGGUGCUAAGACAUUUAGUAAGUUUAAUAUAAGAAAUAUUUAUAAAGGUUAGGAAACAUAAAAUUUGUUUAUUUUGGGCAAAGGGGUUGGAUUUUGUGCAAGCUGACUGACUAAAUUGGCUGAUGAUAGAUUCUAAAAGGAAGUGGUGUAUAUAUAAUGUAGGGAGAUACAAGUUGAUGACUUCAGCUAUAUGUAUUCUGUUCACAUAAGACCUGGAGCAUUCAUAGCAGAGCCAGUGAAGGCCCAGUAUGGAGCUUUGUAGACUUGCUUAUACUUUUGGAGUAGCAAUAGCUCUGACAUGAGAUAAUGGGGGUGUUCUCUUUCCCGUGUUGGGAAUGUGUGGGUCUGGUUUUCUUAGGUUUAGGCACAAUCUCUUCCCUUUGUCUGUACUCUCCCAGGUCCUGAUAUCCCUCUGCGGUUUCUUUCAGUUAUUGGACUACAAACCAAUGCACUAGUUUGAGCUACAGAAAUGCUAUUAUUAAUGUAUUUACAUAAUCUAUAUUGCAGUAUAUCUAUAUAUACUUAUGCAGUAUUGUCAAAUGUUUAUGUCUGCCCCCGCUAGGGGUUUGUAAUCAUUACUGGAUUCCUAGAGAAAAGCCUGUUGGCCCCUUCCUAGGGAUUAAGCUCCUGUGUUCUUCCUGCGCCCUCUUUUGGCUAAUUGAUGUAAUUAUUCUGGCUCUAGAGGCUUUUACUGUCCUAUUAGUACCUUCAAUCUGUGAACAUACGAGAGGUACACACGUAUGGGAAUAUCUGUAUAAAAGUGUAAAGUUUUAUGAAAAUUGAAAAUGAACGUGUUGGUGAUGUUUCUCCUAGGUGAAUUGCUUGGCUUCAUGUAUGUAUAUUGUACACUUUACUGUCAAUCACAAAUUUAGAUUAGGACAAACUAUUUCAUACUUUACUUUAAGCCUUAUUUUGGUAACUUGUUAUCAUUAUGAAAACUUACUUUAAAAUUACUAUUUUAUUACAGAACAAAACAUUUAUUACAAUUACGAUGGCAACCAUAUCAUCCAGUGUGUUUUGCUGGAUAUCUAAAGAAUACAUUUAAUUUUUUUCAAUUCAGUUUUAGAAUAGUCCCACACAUAUACAGACUCAAUUGCCUUAACAUAAUCAAUAAUUGAUUAUAACAAUACUAUUUUUUCUUUGCUUUUUAAAAAGCCUUCUCAGUCAGAGUUAAGUCUUUAGGUACAUGUGUCACUCUGAAUAACCGUGGGAAUAACUCCAUAUGUGGAGUGGUGGAAAGCAGCUGAGCAGGAGAUUUCCUAUUAGUCUGCAUAUUGCAUUGAAGGCUUUAUUUGUAAGUUUUAGCCAAAUGUGUGUCCAGUGACAUUUUUACAUUAGCAGAAUCAUUUCUUGGGCCUCCAGAGUUAGAGUGUUAUUACUGGCUACAGUUACACUUGGUGAACAAUUAUAGGGUUGGGCCUGCAAGGUGGCUCAGUACAUAAAGGGAUUUGUUGUACAAAACUGAACCCAUUUUAAGGUGAAAGUGAAGAAAAAAACAAAAACCAAACCAAACCUUAUUCCACAGAGUGGUCCUCUGACCUCCACAAACCUUAUUCCACAGAGUGGUCCUCUGACCUCCACGACAUGCCUCCUCCCCAUCAUCUCUCUCUGUCUCACUCUCGUGCGCGCACACACAUACAAGUUUUAAAAAUCUAAUUGGGUGAACUUAAUGUAGGCAAUAAUGGACUGAGUUCAGAGUCUUCUAAACAUUAAGCAAUCUGUUAAAGAGUCUUAGUGCUUUGCAACCAGACUUAGGUUUCAGAUUACUAACUUAGGUGAUGUUACAUGAAAAUAAAAGCACUAUUUUGUUUAAAAAGUGUAUUAAAAUAGUUAAUGUAAGAGAGCCAUUUGCAAUUGUAGCUAACACAGUAUCUCUUUUUCAGAAGACAGUUUACUUAAUAGUGAUAAAGUAUGGCUGGGGUGCCUCAGUGACAGAGUGCAUGCACAAGACACCCUGGAUUCUCGACCAGGGUAAGAGCGGAAGAGAUGCAGAGGAGCUGAGUCCAAUGUCUCAACUAACACCAGAGCAUCUCACUAGUGUGUGGAGGUGGUUCCAUUAAGGAUGGCAGCUCAUUCUAACCAUUCUUAAUCAGACUUUAGGUUACUUCCGUACAAGUAAUUAACUGUUUUGUGCAAAAGAUGUGUUAAUUCUAAACAUUAAUCACAAAAACUCAAAUUAAGAACACACUUCCAAAACAGGAGGUACAAAUGAAUUUAGAUAAAAGCCAGAUAGUUUUCUGUAUUAGAUCAUGGGUAGUUGAAUGUUCUUUCACGUAUUGCUAAAAAUCACAGUUUGUCUUGCAGUGGCUUAAUAUGGCACUAAUAUUCAUUAGCAUAUGCUAAUUUUGUCUAGGCUGUUCUCUGACUAGUUCUCUUGUAUGUCAUGUAUAAGUAGAUAACCUAGCUACAGUUCACUAAACUAUAGUACUUCAUUAUGUAAAUUUUGAAAUGGACUCUACUAUACAUAGAUAUAUUGGGAAUUUAUUACAAACAUUAUGUAAUUUACUAAUAGUUAAAACAUUAGACUUUCAUACACCUUUACUAAUGCUUUGAAAAUGACAAGUAUUGGCAAAUGUAGUUAGUAAGUCCUAUAAACUUAGUGUGUUCUACUUGCUCGUAUUAACCAUGUAAUUAACUAAUGAGUGAGUAUAUGAUUUAGUAUCCACAUCUGUUGCCUUCUGUUGCAGGUACCAUGCUCGGAAUUUAUCUACAAAUAAAAAUUUUAGUAUAAUUUA